UCAGCUGUUUAGAUAUAAAGAUUCAGCUGUUUUGAUAUAAAGAUUCAGCUGUUUUGAUAUAAAGAUUCAGCUGUUUUGAUAUAAAGAUUAACUUUUCAUUGUUUUUGUUGUUCUUCCUUUACAUUUUAUUUACAUGUAUGUCAUAUUUUACAAUAUACAUUACAUUACAUUAUAAACCUUUUGAACAUAGAUAGCUAUAGAACCCUGAUAUGGUCUAUGAUUUUGUUUUUAAUUAAUGUGCAUUUUUGUGUGGCCCUGGCCUCACCCAUCUCGUCGGCAGUGCAUAGGCGCCACCCUGUGGCAAUUUGGCAAACUAGUACAGGAAAAGGGAAAAUUACUUACCUUCAGUUUAUUUACAGUACAUAGCUACAAAGAAAAGCAAGGAUGCAGUAUGAAACCAGCGCUCUCUUACAAUACCGCUUAUCUAACGUAACUAGUUUCUUAAUAAAAUAUCUAACCAAAUAUUCCAAUAUCGUGAGAAGGUUUCUAUAGCAAUGUUGUCGCUCAGAACAUGCACAGUCACGGUGGCCGAGAGGUUAAGGCGUUGGACUCGAAAUCCAAUGGGGUUUCCCCGCACAGGUUCGAAUCCUGUUCGUGACGAUUGUUCGCUUUUAGUGUUUGCAGUUGCAUUGAAGAAAACAUACGGCAAGUACAUCGACAAAAGCAAUUUGUUCUUUAAUAAUCAAUUUGUUCUUUAAUAGGCUUCCGAAAUAACUAUAUGGAGACUUUCUUCUUUAUUACGGGGGAAUUAUCUCUGAACGUAACACGCCCCCUUGAAAAGCAUGUGUUUUUAUCGUCUCCCUAAUUUUGACAGCUGGAAAUUAAUUAGAUUCUGAUUUGAACGAUGUACACGAUCACUAUACUAGUCUCUCUUGUCUCGCUUCAGUGACUUUAUCAAAUAUGUCCGCCAUUGUGCCAAACGAUGGUCAAUUCUUGAUAAAAGACAUAAAGUCGGGGUUGAAAAAUGUAAAUGUAAUCUUUAUCGUGUUGGAAAUGGGAAGGGUGACUAAAACAAAGGAUGGGCAUGAGGUUCGCUCCUGCAAGGUGGCUGAUAAGAGUGGGUGCAUCACCCUGUCUGUAUGGGACGAGGUGGGUGGACUCAUCCAGCCAGGAGACAUCCUCCGCCUCACACGAGGCUAUGCGUCCCUGUGGAAGGGCUGUCUGACUCUCUACACAGGCAGAGGAGGAGACCUGCAGAAGAUAGGAGAGUUUUGCAUGGUCUUCUCUGAGGUCCCAAACUUUAGUGAACCAAACCCAGAGGUACUGGCCCAGACCAACAGGCCGUCUAAAGUUGAGUCCCAGAACAGUUCUUCUGUCAGUCAAAGCUCCACCCCCUCAGUCCCCACCCUCACAUACUCUUCCUAUGGAUGCUCUCCGCUCUCCCGGAAUCCAACCUAUGGGAGCGCAGGACGGCAGACUGGGCGUGGCACCGGAGGUCCUGGCACCGCCCCCAAGCCCACAGUAUCUAUGGGCAACGGCAGGGACCCACGGCGAGGGCUAAAGAGGAAAUGACACUUGUCGGAUUCCAAAUCAACCCCUAUUUUACGUCUGACUUGGGCCUUGUUGUAUUGUUUUUAUUUUGCAAAUUAAAUCAUUUUUGUUAA